AUGGCGCACGCAUCAUCUUCUGUGUUGCAGUUCCGAGUAGCAAUGUCGAACAAAUACGCCUCACAUAUGCUGGAUGUGUCCGUCGCACAGAUCUGCACCACAAUCGGUUGGACAACGGCACACAAAUCCUCGCUACAGUUUCUGUCCUACUCUGCGGAACGUUACAUGCACAAGAUUGCGGAGUUGGUGAAACAGUUCGCUGAACUAAACAAUCGCACCACACCGAACAUGGACGAUCUGGCGUUUGUUUUCAACUAUUUGAGCAUCGAGGUGGACGAAAUGGUUGAAUACUGUAAAAAUGUCCAUGCACAACUACCGUACGAUGUGUCGUGUGUUUCGAUCCCAAAUGGAGGAGAAAUAAGCAACAUACAAGAGUGAAGCUUUUCGUUUGAUUCGUAUUUCGCCACGUCGUUUUCUUGCAUGAAAUAUUAAAAACCUAAUGGCGCCAUUA